AUCUUAUUUCUCGAUUCAAGAGUGUCACUCCGUUACGAAAUAAUUAUCUACAACCCUUCCUUUCAUCGAGACCGAGAUCCUGUCGAUCAUGAACUUGUCAAUCAAGCUCGCGACGGGUGGAGAGGGGAGGAGGAGUAGGAAAUAGAGGAAGAUCGACAACGCGGUUCAUUUCAGGCGCAACGUCACAUGUCUACCGUCAAGAAGUCUAACCAUCGUUACAGCGUGUUCCAUGCUGACGUGAAUAAUUCGCCAAGGGCCAGGCUGUUGCACAGCCUCCACAGUGAUGUCCUGUUUGACCGCUCUCGAUUCGCAGAUCGUCACGCUGUUCUCCGUGCCGCACGAGAUACUCCUCCUUCAGCACAAGGUCUUCCGAGAGUAUGCCAAGAUAGCCGUCGGCCCGGAUUUUAUCCACACCUUGCCCUCGUUUUUCAUUCUGACCUCAAUGGCGAUCGUCCUGUGGAGGAAUCCACCCUCUUGCAACGGGUUAGCUCAAACCGUAGCGUCGACGGCGGUGUACAAAGCUUUUCAGCUGCUGGUCAGUUGGGUCGUCGCCGUUGCGGUUUUGUGGUUCUGGCUAAUGGUGCAGAGGCUGCUUUACUGUUGCGUUUGGACGUCUUGGAGUUACGAAUCCGAAUAUCGAGUCGUCUCUCAUCAAUGGUGGCAACAAGUUUGGUCCUCCUAUUAUCCGCCACCGUUGCAACCUCCAGUUAUGUCGGCUGAUUUUAUCAGCUGGUUAAUAUCGAUGUCGAUCGCCACGACUUGUCUAGGCUGCGCGGUUUCCACGAAUCAAGUAUGGAACAUUGUCGUGGAUUCUACGACUGGAGCAAGGGACAUGCUCGUGACAACGAAGUGUUACGCAGACGCGUGGUUCAAGAGGAUGAUAACCACCGUGCUACAGUUGUACUGGCCGCCAGAAGAGCCUCCGCCAAUCGCGAAGAAGACGAACGUCGUUGGCAUAAACGACAGCGAGGGCAGUUCCAUCUGCGACGAGUGUCGGUCCGAGAUCUCGAGCGACGCGACGAACGAGCCCCGAAGGGAAAUCCUCCCGAUAUCAUACGGCACGAACUGGCUGCCGAAGCCAGACUUCACCGGUUACAAGGACGCUCAGAGGAAAGUCUCGAUGAAGUCUUUGCACACGGUAGCGGUGGUGAACGACAUCCAGGACAACUCUGACGACCUGUCGCCUCGACAAUUGCGUUACAAACGCGGAUGUCACACGGUGAUACCGAACAACUCCAGCGACCAGUCGAGCGGAUGCUGACAAACAAAGAGGAAUUAACCCGCGGCGUUAUUGAAAGAGCGUGUUGGGGGGGGGGUGUUGCCACUGCGACAGACGGCUGCUACUUAAAACGAGACACGAUUUCUUAGCUUAGGGAAAUGGGAAAUUUUGGCUGAUUCGAGUGUCUGAUUCGGGUCAUUGUUGCUCGAACGGAUGUCUGGAUAUAAUCUGG